AUGAGGGAACUUUUUACCGUGCCUUCAGGUCUUCUGAUGCAACAGGACUUUAUUUCACCAGAAGCGGAGUGUGAACUACUGAAAGUCUUCGCUCAUCUCGAAUGGCCAACGUUGCCCGGCCGACGGUCUCUUCAUUUCGGUUACACAUUCAGCUAUAAGACAUUCGGCAUUGACCAUGACAUCCCCUUCAGAGCCUUUCCUGACUGGCUCGUUCCAGUCCUGCCUCAAAGAGAGGACAGGCAACCCGACCAGGUUUGCCUACAGCACUAUCCUCCGGGGGCUGGUAUCCCGCCUCAUGUCGACACACAUAGCGCAUACGAUCAGCUCUAUUCGUUGUCGCUGGGCUCGGCAGUAUGCAUGCAGUUCCGCAACGGCGAGUCAGGUGACAAGGUUGAAGUAGACCUGCCGCCGAGAAGCCUGCUGAAGCUGAGCGGUGAUUCAAGAUUGCACUGGACCCAUGGUAUCAGAGCUCGCAAGACGGACACACUGGCCGAUGGAACAAUACGACCGAGGCAAGACCGGUGGAGCAUCACAUACCGGUGGCUGCGAGAAGAAGCUACAUGUGAAUGCGGGAACGAGAAGCUGUGCGAUACUGCACAAAGCCGACGGGGCAUCGCAAGAGCAUACAGAUGGCAGAAGCCGAGCACUGACACUGAGGACAAGGAGCCGUGA